AUGUUGAUGCUGGAUCCAGCGCGAAUCCUCCCAAAUCCUCUGCAACUGCAGCUUUCUCGUCACGUGCUCGUCCGCUGCUGCCUGUCACGUGACGUCGCCGGUCCGGGAGGCGGGGCCUUUCCGGAAAGUGGGCGGGGCCAUCAUGAAGCUAUUUUGUCUUUGUCAAGUCAGCACCAGCGAAUUAGAUUCUCUGACUCCGUGGUAACUGGAUCAAUCAUUUUCCCACUUUCUGGUAUCGCAUUUAUUAUAAUAGAGACUCAAGAUUUCUGCGAUAGUUCUGCAGAAGUAAAGCUGAUGAAGCGCAUUGAGCAGUUUGUCCGCAUUCACCGAAACAGUUUCCUGCUUUUGGUUGCAGGCCUGUAUGGUCAGAAAGAAUGGGACAUACUAUUUAAAAUUCAGCUAAGAUUUCUAGGUAGUAAUCUGAAAAUCAUACCUUCACAUAAUGCUGGUGAUGUGGUCAGGAGCAUGCUCACGAUAGCCAAGGUUACAUGUAAACCACAUGCAGACAGCAUUCGUGAUCGCAUUGCCAUGAACCGAGCUCAGAUUAUUGAACGUAGUCCUGUCUGGGAGAUGCUUCGCAAGCGGCAGCUAAAUGUGGCAUAA